UUUCUGUUGUAGGUAUGAACCUCGAUGGAAAACAGGAGGUGAUCAAAGGUGUUAGACAUUUUGUCCAUCAAAACACAAUUUCCAAUGAAACGGCUUUUAAAUGGCUCCCUUAAAUAUUUAAGAAGAACAGAUGAGGCGUGGAUUCAUUACUGGACUAGUUUGGAUAACACCGUUAAAGUAGGAAGACAAAGCUAUUCAUUAAAAAACAUGAUGUCCACCGUCCUGCGCUGGGUGGUCCUGGUAACCUUCAUCGCUCUGACCAUUUGCGGAAACGUUCUGGUUUGCCUGGCCGUGGCCACCAGCCGGCAUCUCCGCAAAAUCAAUAACUGCUUCAUAGUAUCACUUGCCGUGGCAGACUUGCUGUUGGCCUUGCUGGUAUUGCCAUUUUCAGCCAUGUUGGAGUUACGCAAUGGGAGAUGGCCUUUAGGGGGAGUGCUUUGUAACAUUUACAUCUCACUAGAUGUGAUGCUGUGCACAGCCUCCAUUCUAACACUACUGGCCAUUAGUGUCGACCGUUAUUUAGCAAUCUCAAGGCCACUCUGUUAUCCCAUGAGAGUCACGCCAACGCGUGUGGCCAUCACCCUGACAGGGAUCUGGGUGUGCUCUCUGGCUGUGUCUUUUCUACCCAAUAACCUAGGCUGGAACACACCUGACUUCAGAGUGCACAACCUGAACUGGCAUAUGUGGGAUGAGGGAGACGAAGGCAGGAUCUGCCGCUAUGAAUGGAAUAAUAAAUGUGUGCUGCUGUUCUCCAUUGGCGUCUUCUACCUCCCUCUACUGGUCAUGUGUGGAGUUUAUUAUCGGAUAUUCUCCGUUGCACGUGAGCAGGUGUGCCGUAUCCGUGCAGCCACUCCAUCCUGUGCUCAGUCUGCAUCUGCUUCAGUUCGGGAACACAAAGCCACAGUGACCCUGGCGGCUGUGCUUGGUGCAUUUGUCCUUUGCUGGUUCCCCUAUUUUACCUACUUUACAUACUUAGGCAUGUGGACGGACACAAAACCAUCCCAGGUGACCCACUCUGUUGUUCUUUGGAUGGGAUAUCUUAACUCUGCGUUGAACCCUAUUCUGUACCCAGCACUAAACCGCGAUUUCCGUCAGGCAUAUGGACAGCUGCUUCAAUGCAGACAAGCUAAUAAAGGAAAAGCCUCCUGUUUUAUCCCCUUUCAAAUCAAACAGACUUUCGUGUCUAAACAGCAGCAGAAUGACCAGAAACAAAGCGAUCCAACUGAACAGUCUCAUCUUACAUUUUAAGAAAAUGGGGAAAAAAUGCAGCAUUUUUUGUAGUGCCGGCCGGUGACUUCUUUUUUCGAGGGCGCUCGAUGCGAAGUUCGUCACAACAUGUAUGUAGCCCGUCAUGUGUG